UAUAAAUUCGCUGACUGCUCACCGAGCUUCACUACACAUCGAAGCCGAGGUGAUACUUCAGCAACAGAUAUACAGGAAUUGAGUGCUCUGACAAUGCCACCUAAACGCAAAGCUCCUGCUGCAAAGGCUGGUGGGAAAAAGACAAAGAAAGGUGAAGAGGCACCAUCAGAUUUGAAGACAGCGAUAGAGGCAUUGAAGAAGACUGAUACAGGAAAGAAAAAGAAGCAAGCUAAAGUUGAUCAAGCCUGUCCAUUGAAAAACACUGCAAAGGUAUACGAAGACUAUGACUGUAUGCUAAACCAGACAAAUAUUGGUUUUAAUAAUAAUAAAUAUUAUGUAAUUCAACUUUUGGAGCAAUAUUCAAAUUAUUAUUUAUGGACACGAUGGGGAAGAGUGGGUGAGCCAGGAGCCAACGCUUUGGCUGGACCAAAAACAAGCGCAGAAGCUAUCAAGAUGUACGAGAAAAAAUUUAAAGAUAAAACAAAGAACGACUGGAACAAGAGGUCAUCGUUCUCACCGGUAGCAGGAAAGUAUACACUUAUAGAAAUGGAUGACGAAGAUGAGACGGAGGAGGCUAAAGAAGAGACGGUCAAGAAGAUGGCACAACUUGAUGAAAUUGAUGGUGUGAAAAAGAAAAUAGCUGCAUGUAGGCUGGAUAAACCAACGCAAGACUUAGUGAAGCUGAUCUUUGAUAAUGACAUGUUUAAAGAACAGAUGGCAAAUUUCGAAUUAGAUGUAAAGAAAAUGCCACUUGGCAAGCUCAGCAAGUCGCAAAUAGCCAAAGGUUUUGAAGCACUGGAAGACAUAGAGAAGGCAUUGGAUGAAAAGAGAACUAAGGACCUGGCAUCAUUAACAUCACGAUUUUACACCUUGAUACCACACUCGUUCGGGAGAAAAGUCCCACCAGUUAUAAACAACGCAGAAAUGGUCCGGAAGAAGAUGGAUAUGUUAUUAGUAUUGGGUGAUAUCGAGGUGGCGCUGAGUUUGCAAAAGGACAAGAGCACGAAGAAAGAGUUAACAACUGAAGAAGUGGACCAUCCAUUAGACACUAAUUAUGAAUUACUGAAAUGCCAGUUGAACCAUGUGUCCCCAGCCAAUAAAGAAUUCAAGAUUCUCCAGAAAUACAUGGAUUCAACACAGGGAUGGUUUGGCGCUGCCAAGAUUUUAGAUCUGUGGAAAGUAGACAGAGAUGCCGAGGAUGUGCGUUUUUCCGAACAUGACAGUACUGGAAAUCGACGUCUACUGUGGCAUGGUACUAACAUUGCAGUAGUAGCUGCAAUUCUUAAAGGUGGACUUCGUAUUAUGCCUCAUUCUGGAGGUCGGGUUGGCCGGGGGAUAUAUUUUGCAUCUGAAUGCAGUAAAUCUGCUGGAUAUGUGAGAAGAACCCACAAGAACAUUGGGAUAAUGUUUCUAAAUGAAGUAGUAUUAGGCAAGGAACAUCAUAUUAAAAGAGACAAUUCAUCAUUAAAAUCUGCACCAAGUGGUUAUGAUUGUGUCAUUGCUAAAGGACAUACUGAGCCAGAUCCUAAAUUUGACACCACUAUAAAGCUUGAUGGCAAGGAGGUAACUGUACCACAGGGUAAACCCAUUCCACAACCCAAAUGGAAAGACAGUUACUUCUCACAGAGCGAGUAUUUGAUCUACAAAGAAAGUCAAAAUAGAAUCCGAUACAUGCUGAAAAUACAGUUUUAAGAAAGACCCUAGGGUUCUUAGAGUUGACAACCACGUAUUUUCUACUACAAGUAAAGUACAAGAAAGUUAUUGUUCAAGAAUGUGUGCCAGUAGUUAAUUUUUUUUCAUGAUCAAUCUUAAUCUCAAAGCAUCAAAAAUUAACUUAGGGAUAGCAAACAUCACUGUUUUUGCAUGCUAGCUUUGAAUAUUUUUAAUGCUCCCAAACUGUGUAUCAUUUCCCUUUUUCAACUU